CCCCCUACCCUGCAGCAAGAGUAGCGUGACGUAAUGCAACCUCAGCAGUCAGCAGCAGUAUAAAGGAGGACGAGGGGGCGCGCCUCCGAGACGCAGAUUAGUUUGUGAUUGGCUCUGGCUGUGGAACCUCGGAAACCCGAAUGUGAGGACCUCGCGGAUCCACAGCUGCCCCCCGCAGCAAUCUGGAACGCGGUUUCAGUCCGACUGGCGGUGCUGGCGGAGGCAGGAGCGGCGGAGGGAGAGGCGGCGGCGGAGGCGGAGGGGCAGGUAAAGACAAUGUUUUCCCAAAGAAAAUAACAUAAUUCAGAAGGAAAAAUAAAAAGAAAUUGCUGCAGAUUUCACUUUAUAAUAUGUAAGAAAAUCUACAGUUUGUUCAAGCCACUCACAUAAAGGAAGCAGACAUAUUUCAUGAGUCCUCAAAACUGUGAGACAAGAGAAUGUAGUACAGUGAAACCAGAAGUGCUUACUGGUUGAAAGAACUCCAGGGAAACUGGGAUAUAACAUUUACACUAUACGUAGAACCCCAGGAGCCAAAGAUAUCUGUGAAUGCACUUUGCUAAGUAUGGACUCAGUUGGUGGAAGUCUUGGAAUGCACACAUCAGACUCUAGAAUGGCCCAUACCAUGAUUAUGCAAGAUUUUGUGACUGGAAUGGCUGGUACUGCACAUAUCGAUGGAGAUCAUAUUGUUGUUUCUGUUCCUGAAGCAGUAUUAGUUUCUGAUGUUGUCACAGAUGAUGGUAUAACUCUUGACCAUGGCCUUGCUGCUGAAGUUGUCCACGGGCCUGAUAUCAUUACAGAGACUGAUGUAGUCACAGAAGGUGUGAUUGUUCCUGAAGCUGUACUUGAAGCUGAUGUUGCCAUUGAAGAAGAUUUAGAGGAAGAUGAUGCAGAUCAUAUCCUGACAUCCAAACUCAUUACUGAAACUGUUAGGGUGCCUGAACAAGUUUUUGUGGCUGAUCUUGUUACUGGUCCAGGUGGACACUUAGAGCAUAUCGUCCAAGAUUGUGUUUCAGGAGUGGACUCUCCCACAAUGGUGUCAGAGGAGGUUCUUGUAACCAAUUCAGAUACAGAAACUGUGAUUCAAACAUCUGGGAGUCUUCCUGGUUCUACAGUUACUAUAAAAACCGAAGAUGAUGAUGAUGAUGAAGAGGACGAUGAUGACGAUGAUGAUGAUGAUGAGAAGAGCACUUCUGAAGACUACUUAAUGAUCUCUUUGGAUGAUGUUGGAGAGAAAUUAGAGCAUAUGGGGAAUACACCUUUAAAAAUCAGUAGUGAUGGCUCACAAGAAGAUGUUAAAGAAGAUGGUUUUGGAUCAGAAGUAAUAAAAGUGUACAUAUUUAAAGCAGAAGCUGAAGAUGAUGUUGAAAUAGGUGGAACUGAAAUUGUCACAGAGAGUGAGUACCCAAGUGGACAUACUGUAGCUGGAGUGCUUGACCAGAACCGAAUGCAGAGGGAGAAGAUGGUUUACAUGGCAGUUAAAGAUUCUUCUCAAGAAGAAGAUGAUAUCAGAGAUGAAAGAAGAGUUUCACGAAGGUAUGAAGAUUGUCAAGCAUCAGGAAACCCUUUGGACUCAACAUUGGAAAACAGAAGUAAUACAGCAGCACAGUACCUUCAAAUUUGUGAUAGCAUUAAUACCAACAAAAUCCUUAAACAAAAAGCCAAGAAGAGGAGAAAGGGAGAAACAAGGCAGUGGCAAACAGCUGUUAUAAUAGGUCCUGAUGGGCAGCCCCUGACAGUAUACCCUUGCCAUAUUUGCACAAAAAAGUUUAAAUCCAGGGGAUUCUUAAAAAGGCACAUGAAGAAUCAUCCUGAUCAUUUGAUGAGAAAAAAAUAUCAGUGUACAGAUUGUGACUUUACAACUAACAAGAAAGUGAGUUUCCAUAACCACUUAGAAAGCCAUAAGCUUAUAAACAAAGUUGAAAAAUCUCAUGAAUUUACAGAAUACACACGAAGAUACAGAGAGGCUAGCCCACUGAGUUCAAAUAAACUUAUCUUAAGAGAUAAGGAGCCGAAGAUGCACAAAUGCAAAUAUUGUGACUAUGAAACUGCAGAGCAAGGACUUUUGAAUAGACAUUUGCUGGCUGUUCAUAGCAAGAAUUUUCCUCAUGUUUGUGUUGAGUGUGGAAAGGGUUUUCGACAUCCCUCUGAACUCAAGAAACACAUGAGAACCCAUACUGGUGAGAAGCCAUAUCAGUGUCAGUAUUGUGUCUUCAGGUGUGCAGAUCAGUCUAAUCUGAAAACUCACAUUAAGUCUAAGCAUGGUAAUAAUUUGCCAUAUAAAUGUGAGCAUUGUCCCCAAGCAUUUGGUGAUGAAAGAGAGCUUCAACGCCAUCUGGAUUUGUUUCAAGGACAUAAGACACACCAGUGUCCUCAUUGUGAUCAUAAGAGCACCAAUUCAAGUGACCUUAAGCGGCACAUCAUAUCUGUCCACACCAAGGAUUUCCCUCACAAAUGUGAGGUCUGUGAUAAAGGUUUCCAUCGUCCAUCUGAGCUCAAAAAGCAUAGUGAUAUUCAUAAGGGUAGGAAGAUUCAUCAAUGCAGGCAUUGUGACUUUAAAACAUCAGAUCCAUUUAUUCUUAGUGGUCAUAUCCUUUCAGUUCAUACUAAGGAUCAAUCAUUGAAGUGUAAAAGGUGCAAGAGAGGGUUCAGACAACAAAAUGAGCUCAAAAAGCAUAUGAAGACUCAUACUGGAAGGAAGAUUUACCAAUGUGAGUAUUGUGAAUACAGCACUACAGAUGCAUCUGGCUUUAAACGACAUGUGAUCUCAAUACAUACAAAAGACUAUCCACACAGGUGUGAAUUCUGCAAGAAGGGAUUCCGUAGACCAUCAGAAAAAAAUCAGCAUAUUAUGAGGCACCACAAGGAGGCUCUUAUGUAAGACAUAUAUUUUAAAAAGCCAUUUAGAAAAUGUUAUAUGACACCUGGGAAGAAGACCUCACUGUUUCUUCUAGUUUGAAAACAAUAUUAAAUCAUAACUUCACAUUAUUUGUAUUAAAGAUCUUAAAAUAUUUGAAUUGAUGGGGAAAUCUCAUAACCCCUUAAAAGUUAAAGAACUUAAAAGCACCAUAGAAUGGUUGCAAGAAGACUUAAAUGUCUAUUUAAUAGUAUUUUAUGCAUAAUUAAAAUACAGAGAAGUAAAUACAUAUUCCUUAAUUGGUUGAUCAUACUAGAGACAGAUGUUUCUGAAAAGAGUGGAUUUUAACAAUGCUUUGCUAUAGCAAGCAAAGCCUCACUUUUAUGCAAUUUUAGAAACAGGGUGGGGAGACAAAAUUCAUCAGUCACUUAAUCAUUGAGCCUUUUAUAUUGUAACUGGACACUGAUUUCCAGAAACAGCAAAUGUUUUGUGUAUUCAUUAAGGGAAAUUUCACUGAAAAACAGGUUAGUGUAAUUCAGUACUAUGAAAAAAAGAAUUUCAGAGCUGCUAAUAUUUUAUCACAGGUAAGAUGUUUAACAUACAGAAUUCUGUGCUGAAAUCUGAGGCGAAAUCCUAGGACUGAAGUUCCCUUUUUUCCUAUGUGCAAGUUGAUUAUUGUUCAGUAUUGGAUAUAUGACAAAAGUAUAUUUGAGUCAAAUGUGGCUCUCUAAGAUGGAUGCAACUGUAGUGUUGCAAACAAUAACAGCACUAUAUUUCUUAAUGAUUUCAAGAUUAAAUUGAGAGAACACAGUUUUCUUAAAUAUAAUGUUUGGAGGUUUUUUUUAGGACAGUCUUAGCAAGUAUGAUUGUUCUAGUUUUACUUGCUCUAAUGUUUAAAGGUGCAAUUUUAUGCCAUUAUUGAAGUUUUUGAUUUUUAAAACCUAUAUACCAUGUUAUUAACAUACAUUUUCAAUGUGAGGCAGUAUUUAUGCUGUAUUUAACAAAAACAGUAUGCUGCCAAUAGAGUUUGGAGGUGGGUAUUCAGUUUACAGUGUAUAAAUUUAAAAUAUGCAUCCUUUUAACAACGCUUUGUGUUAGCAUGCUGCAGAUCAAAAUGGCGCUUAAUAUUAAAAGCUGGUUUAGGGAAACUUAAUGAAAAUCUGUUCAUAAAUAUAAUGCACAUGAUGUGUACUUUUAAGUUUUAGUUGCUUCAUGUUUAUAUUCAGCUGUUCAACGUAAUUUUACUUCAUGCUAUAUUGUGGCUUUGUGUUUCAAAUACUGUUCACUUUUCUGUUUUUGCACCAGAUAAGAAUCAGUUACUUGAGAAUACAUUUUUUUAUCUUUCCUAACUUCUGAAUAUUAAAUUUGGAAAAUCUAAUAAAAGUGUGUGUUAUGUGGCUGUAAAUGAUGUACACGCUGUAAAAUAAGAUUGUCACUGUUAUGUGGGAUUAUUAUUUCUCAAUGUUAUUCAUUGAAAUGAGCAUACAAUA